AUGUCGACCGAAUCAGACGCUGAAAAGCAACAACCAGGCUUCCCGAUCCCUUGGGAACGAGACCCUAAUAAUCCUCAAAAUUGGAGCCUGUGGAGGAAAGCAUUGAACUUGGGAAUUGUGUCUAUCUUGGGUUUUAUCACUCCUUUGGAAUCAUCCGUCAUCGUCCCAGGCGUUCCUCUCCUGAAAGAAGACUUCCACGAAACUCGACCACCCGUGACAUCUCUCGUCGUAUCAAUCUUUGUUCUAGGCUUCGCGUUCGGUCCUGUACUUCUGUCACCGCUUUCGGAACUUUACGGUCGUCGAUUGCUUCUUAAUAUCUCUAAUGUUGUCACCCUUGGCUUUUCGAUCGGCAGUGCCCUUGCACCGAACAUUGCAACGUUUAUUGUCUUUCGGUUUAUUGCUGGGAGCUUUGGUGCUGGCCCUAUGAAUAUCGGGGGUGGAAGUAUUGCUGAUCAGAUUGAACUGUCGAAAAGAGGUUUUGUGAUGUCGAUAUUCUUCACUGGUUACUUCUUAGGUCCUGUCAUUGGACCUGUAAUAGGUGGCUUCAUUGCGAAGGACCUCGGAUGGAGAUGGGUGUUCUGGAUCAUGGCCAUCUUUAAAGGAUUCAUGACGAUCGCGACAUUUCUCUUCCUCACCGAAUCCCACCACCCCACGAUCCAGCGAAAACGAGCCAAGGGCACAGACGACCCGACUCCUAAUAAAGAAGCACCGAAAGUCGGACAAGUACUGUUUCGAGCGCUAAUGAGGCCGAUGAGAAUGUUGAUCCGUAGUCCUAUCGUCACUGGUCUCUCUCUAUAUCUCGCACUGAUAUAUGGCUACCUAUAUCUUCUUUUUACCACGUUCUCAACGAUCUUUCCUGAGCAGUACGGGUUUAAGAUUGAUGUUCUUGGGCUUGCUUUCCUUGGAGUAGGAGUAGGCUGUAUCAUUGCAUUGGUGGUUCUCUCCUGGCUGAGUGACUGGCUUCAAGACCAUCUUACCAAGAAAGACGGAGAGUCUAAGCCUGAAUAUCGAUUGCUUCCCAUCGUCCUUGGGAUUCCGCUUCUCCCCAUUGGGCUGUUCGUGUAUGGCUGGACAGCAGAGUAUAAGGUCCACUGGAUAGUUCCUAUAAUCUUCACGGGAUUCUCUGGUGCUGGUUUGAUCUUCUCUUUUCUUCCCACUCAGAUAUAUAUGAUCGAUGCCUUCACAACCUAUGCGGCUAGCGCUCUGGCUGCUACAAGUGUCAUACGUAGUAUAGUCGGCGGAUGCCUCCCUAUUGCUGGCCUACCGCUGUAUUCUGCUCUUGGUUAUGGAUGGGGAAACUCACUUCUUGGAUUCAUUGCCAUCGUAGUAUCGAUCGCACCUCUUCUGUUCUGGCGCUAUGGCGAGACUCUGCGCAAGAAGUACGAUGUACAGUUUGAUUAG